UGGUAGCGGCGGCUCGGCCAUGGCGGACCUGAGCGCGGAGCGGCUGUGCUCGCUGCCCGGCAACUGGAGCUACGGGAUCAGCCAGGGCGGCCGCCUCUUCUUCAUCAACGAGGAGGCGAAGAGCACGACCUGGCUGCACCCGCACACCGGAGAGGCCGUGAUCACCGGGCACCGCCGCAGCGCAGACUUACCCACAGGUUGGGAAGAAGCAUAUACUUUUGAAGGUGCAAGAUACUACAUAAAUCAUAAUGAACGGAAAGUGACCUGCAAGCAUCCAGUAACAGGACAGCCAUCACAGGAUAACUGUAUUUUUGUUGUGAAUGAACAGACUGCUGCAACUAUGACAUCUGAAGAAAAGAGAGAACAAACAGUAAGCACAAUAAGUGACGCUUCCAACUACAAUUUGACAUCAGAUUAUGCUGUGCAUCCAGUGAGCCCUGUGGGCAGAACAUCACGGUCUUCAAAGAAGGUUCAUAAUUUUGGAAAGAGAUCAAACUCAAUAAAAAGGAAUCCCAAUGCACCGGUCAUCAGACGGGGGUGGCUUUACAAGCAGGAUAGUACUGGUAUGAAGCUGUGGAAGAAACGAUGGUUUGUGCUUUCUGAUCUGUGUCUCUUCUAUUACAGAGAUGAAAAAGAAGAGGGAAUAUUGGGGAGCAUACUUCUACCUAGUUUUCAGAUAUUGAUGCUUUCUUCUGAGGAUCAUAUUAAUCGCAAAUAUGCUUUUAAGGCAGCUCAUCCAAACAUGAGGACCUAUUAUUUCUGCACAGAUACAGGGAAGGAAAUGGAGCUAUGGAUGAAAGCCAUGAUAGAUGCAGCACUUGUACAGACAGAACCUGUGAAAAGAGUAGAGAAGAUAACUGAAAACACACCACCUCGAGAAGUGAAUAACAUUUCGAAUCACAGGGUGUUAAUUAAACCAGAGGCACAGAAUAAUCAAAAAAACAAAGAAGUAAGCAAAAAUGAAGAGAAGGCGGCUUUGGAAGCUGAAAAAUAUGGAUUUCAGAAAGUUGGACAAGAUAAACCCUUAACUAAAAUUAAUAGUGUAAAGCUAAAUUCAGAAUACAGAACCUUACCGGUGAGCGCACUUCAGGCUGGACUCUACAGGCCAGUUCAUUUAAAUGACUCUGAGAAUAAAGCUGUCAAUAUUGUGGCGGACACUGGAGAUGGAGGACAGCACAAUGCAGUUCACUCACAUAUGGAGUCUGAACGAGUCAUACAGAGAACUAAUUCAAUGCUUCAGUUGGAGCAGUGGAUUAGAAUUCAGAGAGGAAAGGGGCAAGAUGAGGAAACAAGAGGCAUAAUUUCAUAUCAGACACUACCAAGAAAUAUGCCAAGCCACCGACCCCAAGUUGCACCCCGUUACCCAGAAGGCUAUAGAACCCUGCCAAGGAACAGCAAAACAAGGCCAGAGAGUGUUUGUAGUGUGACACCAUCAGUUUAUGACAGGACCAUAGGACCAGUAACAGCUGAAGAAAAACGGAGAUCUAUGCGGGAUGACACAAUGUGGCAACUCUAUGAAUGGCAACAACGUCAAUUUUACAAUAAGCAAACAACUCUUACUAGACAUAGUACUAUAAGUAGUCCAAAAACCAUGGUCAGUAUUUCUGAUCAGGUGAUGCAUUCCAUUCCCACAUCACCUUCCCAUGGUUCCAUAGCUGGUUACCAAGGAUAUUCCCCUCAACGGACAUACAGAUCAGAAGUGUCCUCACCAGUGCAAAGAGCAGAUGUAACAAUUGACCGCAGACAUAGAACGCAUCAUGCUAAGCAUGUCUUCAUGCCUGAAAGAAGGUCGAUGCCAGCAGGUCUGACUUUACAGCCUGUUACUCCCCAGAGCCUCCAAGGCAAAACGUCAGAGGAGCUCACGCUGCUGCUAAUAAAGCUGAGACGGCAGCAAGCUGAACUGAGUAGUAUCCGGGAACACACACUAGCACAGCUCAUGCAACUAAAACUUGAGGCCAACAGCCCAAAGAAUGAGAUUCUUUCACAUCACCUUCAAAGGAAUGCCAUAUAUUUGGAUCAUCAGAUGAAAGAGAAUGAACCUUUAAUCACCAUGGUUCACACUAUGAUUGAGAACUCGGCGCUAAGACCACAACUGUACCAGCAAAUGCAUUUGCAUGAGUUGACACAAGAAGAAUGUAGGGGUACACUGUACAAAUAUAGAUCUGAAGAACUGGAUAUAGAUACUAAGCUUAGCCGAUUAUGUGAACAAGAUAAAGUGGUACAAGCACUGGAAGAGAAACUUCAGCAGCUACACAAGGAGAAAUACACGCUUGAGCAAGCUUUGCUAUCAGCCAGUCAAGAGAUAGAAAUGAAUGCAGAUAAUCCAGCUGCCAUACAGAAUGUAGUCUUACAGCGAGAUGAUUUACAGAAUGGACUACUGAGCACUUGUCGAGAAGUGUCUCGAGCUACUGCAGAACUGGAAAGAGCAUGGAGAGAGUAUGACAAAUUAGAAUACGAUGUAACAAUUACAAGGAACCAUAUGCAGGAGCAGCUGGACCGACUUGGAGAAGUUCAGCAGACUGAGUCAGGAGGUAUACAGCGUGCUCAGAUUCAAAAGGAACUUUGGAGAAUUCAAGAUGUCAUGGAAGGUUUGAGUAAACAUAAGCAGCAAAGAAGUUCUACAGAGGCAGGUACCAUUGGAUCAAAGUCUUUUUCAGCUAUUAAGUAUAAAAAUGAGGAAGAGGAAGUAGUCCCACCUCGUCCUCCACUCCCUCGGUCCUAUGACUUUACAGAGCAUCCUCCCAUAAUCCCCUCUCUGCCCAGUGAUAGCAGCUCCUUGCUCUGUUAUAGUAGGGGCCCAGUACAUCUGCUGGAAGAAAAGAAGAUUCACCAAGUUCAAGGAAAUCAGAGAAAUGGAUCUUACUGUGGUCCAGAUUAUAGACUUUAUAAGAGUGAGCCAGAGUUAACAACAGUGGCAGAAGUUGAUGAGUCUAAUGGUGAAGAAAAGACAGAACCAGUUUCAGAGUCAGAAACUUCUGCAACUAAAGGUUCACAUUUUCCUGUUGGAGUUGUCCCUCCCAGAACCAAAUCACCAACUCCAGAAUCGUCAACAAUAGCCUCUUACGUCACUUUAAGGAAAAACAAGAAGAUAGAUCUAAGAAUGGAAAGGCCGAGAAGUGCGGUGGAACAGUUAUGUCUGGCAGAAAACACUCGGCCUCGAAUGACUGUGGAGGAGCAGAUGGAAAGAAUAAAGAGACACCAACAAGCUUGUCUGAGAGAGAAGAAAAAGGGGCUAAAUAUUAUUGGCGUUUCAGAUCUGUCUCCUUCACAGAGCUCAUCCUUUGUUAGGGAUAAUCCAUUUAAGCUGGCUCAGAAUCGAAGAAAGGACGAUAUGGUAUCUAGUAACAUUAAGAAAUUAGAGAAUGCCAUAAGAGAGAAUGAUUUGGAGCAAAAUCCUGAAACUACUGCAGAAGUAGUAACACAACUAAAUGCUGGAUCAGAAGAGCAUAAUGCAGAUUUUACUAAAGAGUUGACAAAAAGUGAUGACCCACUGUUAUCAGACACGUGUGUUAUAGCUGAUCCAAAAGAAGGGAAUGCUGAAGGAGGAGUAGAAAAGCAAAAGAAAUUGGGAAAAACACAUACUGUAGAUACCAGUCUGCAGAACAUGGCCCCUAUUGCAAACCACAAACAUGAAACCAGUCCAAAAGAGAGUGAAGCAGCCAGUGUUCAAGCACAAGAAGGGAAUAUUUCUUCUUUUGAGUUAGCAGUACAAUCUUCAAGAGAAAAUCAAACAGCAGGAAAAAAUCUGCCCUCUUCACCAGAGUCCCCACCAUCACCAGCUCUAUCAACGCAACCACAGCUCACAGAAGGAUCACAUUUCAUGUGUGUAUAGUCUCAGACAACUCUUAACAGGUUCUGUUGAAACUAUUCAUGGCCGAGGAGUGUCGACCUAUGGGAAUAUAAGAAGAUAUUGUAGAGUAUAUUUUAAAUCUAUGAAAUUCAUAGUUCUGAUGCUUUUGGCCACAAAGCAUCAUUUUAUAACUUCCUGGAAAAUGUUUAUUCCAAGACAGCUUUAAAUGGCCCAUAUGUACACUCAACAGUCUGAAGAUUGUUCUUCUGAUACCAGCUUGCUGCUAUGAUUUCCAUGCAUAUAAAGAUUCUUUUGAAUAUGCAGCCUAAAGUCAGACUUAGUUGAUGUUUUACAGAAUUUAAUAUUUUUAAUUAUGAAAUCAUUUAAGUUUGCAUUUUUGCUUCUUUUAGGUACAUAACAGAUCAGUUUCUUUUACAUAUCACCACUAAACCUUGUUUUACACUUUUUAAAUACUAGUGUAUUUUGACAUUUGAUUUGUAAAAUUUUUAUAUCUAUUUAAAAUGUGCCAUUUUUAUUAUUGCUGAGUAAAGUAUGUCCUGUUUCUGCUGUAAUUAUUUCUUGGUCAGGUUGCAGCAUCAGCAGUUACUGCCACACUGUUAUCACAUAUACAUGAAUGUUUGUGCUUACUUUUUCUUAAACGAAAUGAAGUGUAGGUAUUUUGAGGUACUGGGCUCUUACUUUGUUGGAAUAGGGUGUGUAUAGCAAUAAGCAGGUUUUCAAUUCCAGUACUUAGUUUGUGUACAAAUGUAAUUAUGUUCAUUGUGUAUAUAUUAUACAAUGAGCACAUCCAAUGUAAGUAUAAGAAGCCACUUAACUAUUGUUCAAAUGCAAAUGUUCAUAUCUCAUUUCUUUUUUAUCAUGUUAAAUAAAUGUUAAUGUUCUUAA